CUUGCCCCUUCCCAGUACCCGGCCUGGGAGGCAGCAGUGGCAGGUGUGAGACCAGCAGCAGUCACUGGGAGGCUCCCGGCCUCUUUAUGCAGCUGAUGUGCCCUGGCAUCUGAAGGCUAGUGCUUCAUUCUGGGGGUCUGUGUCACUUGGGCCCACACAGUGGUCCUGGGAAUGGCCCGGAAGAACCUGGGUCCUGGUCUCAGGGCCACGCCUCCAUAUGUGUGAUCACACGUGUGAGUCUACAGGUCUGUCUGCACGUGUGUGCACGUGGGUCUGCAUGUGAGGGCCUGCGGAUGUACACUGGUGAUAGUUUGCGCAUAUACAUCUGUGUUUGCACCUGUGUGCACCACAUAUGUGCCCUAUGGCGUUAAUCUGUUUGCAUGUGUAUCUGAGUGUACAUGUGUACAUGUGUGCGUGCACGUGUAUCUGCACAUGCAUCUGCAUGUUCAUGCAUGUGCACGUGUGUGCACAUGUACAAGUGUGUACAUGUGUUUCUGUGGGUGUGUAUCUGAGUGUGUCUGCACAUGUGAAUGUGUGUGGCUCUGAGGGGUACUGCACAGAUGUGAGGAAGCAGGGCCAUUUCCCCAGGAACCCUGACUGCCCCGUCUUCCUGCCCCGGGUGGGGAGGCCUCAGCUGCAUAAAGAGGACGGGAGCCUCACCGGCGACUGCUGCUGGUCCCACACCUGCUGCUGCUGCCGCCUCCCAGGCCGGGUACCAGGAGGGGGCUAGAGGCAGAGGGAGCUAAGGGGUCUCCUGCCUCAGCGACCCAGGAGCAGGUACUCAUCCAGGGGCAGCCACCAGGAGAGGGUGGGCUGGGGAGCUGAGCACAGACCCUGCGGCACGGCCCUCUCCUGGGCACUUGCCCACUUUGGGCUGGCUGGUCUGUGGCACAGCUGUCUCUGAGGGUCGCAGAUGCUGAGUGUGGCCUCAAAUCACAGAGUCUAUAACCUUGCUGGACACCUUCCCUCCUGGACAGAUGCCUGCCUUCAUCGUGACCCCAGCUGGGCACCGUCUGGGUUGGGACUGUUGAGGACCAGGAGCCUGGACUGGUUGGGGGGAGCCCUGGGACCCUAGGCACCUGGAAAGGGCAGCGGGAUCAGCCGGGGGCUGGAGGGAGGAUGGAGGUCCUUUGUGGAGGUGCAGGGUGUGGAGGAAAGCAGAGCAGCGCCACUGGGGGCCAAGGGGCUGUGGAGAUUGUGGACUGGCGGCACUUUGAGGUCUGGGGGCUGAUGGUGGUUCAGGCAUGGGAGGCUGUGAAGGACAGGGCUGAUGGGGCUGCAGGGUGGGGGCCAAUGGGGCCACAAGGAUUUGGGGGCUAGGGAGCUGGAGGGGCCAGGAGGGAUUAGGUGGCUAGGCAGGCUGGGGAGACCCUCCAGAUGCUGAAACCCUGUGGGACCCUCCCCAACAACCUGGGUGCGGCUGGGGGCUGGGGUGGUGGCCAUGGGUGCAGUGGACACUGAGACCCCCAGUCCCCACACACUUGAAGGUGCUUGCCUCAGUGUGCCCACCUGCCUCACGAAGGCAGCUCACCCAGCUGGGGCCCCGCAUCUGCACGAGCAGGGGCCGGAUCAGGACCUGCCCGCCCGCCCCUAUGACCAACAUGAGCUGGAGCUUCCUAACGCGGCUGCUGGAGGAGAUCCACAACCACUCCACCUUCGUGGGCAAGGUGUGGCUCACGGUGUUGGUGGUCUUCCGCAUCGUGCUGACGGCCGUGGGCGGCGAGGCCAUCUACUCGGACGAGCAGGCCAAGUUCACCUGCAACACGCGGCAGCCAGGCUGCGACAACGUCUGCUACGACGCCUUCGCGCCCCUGUCGCACGUGCGAUUCUGGGUCUUCCAGAUCGUGGUCAUCUCCACGCCCUCGGUCAUGUACCUGGGCUACGCCGUGCACCGCCUGGCCCGCGCGUCCGAGCAGGAGCGGCGCCGCGCCCUCCGCCGCCGCCCCGGGCCCCGCCGCGCGCCCAGGGCGCACCUGCCGCCCCCGCACGCCGGGUGGCCCGAGCCCGCCGACCUGGGUGAGGAGGAGCCCAUGCUGGGCCUGGGCGAGGAGGAGGAGGAGGAGGAGCCGGGCGCGGCCGAGGGCGCGGCCGAGGACGCGGAGGAGGCCGGCGCGGAGGAGGCGUGCGCCAAGGGUGCCGGCGCGGACGGGAAGGCGGCGGGGACCCCGGGCCCGGCCGGGCAGCACGACGGGCGGAGGCGCAUCCAGAGAGAGGGCCUGAUGCGCGUGUACGUGGCCCAGCUGGUGGCCAGGGCGGCCUUCGAGGUGGCCUUCCUGGUGGGCCAGUACCUACUGUACGGCUUCGAGGUGCGGCCGUUCUUCCCCUGCAGCCGCCGGCCCUGCCCGCACGUGGUGGACUGCUUCGUGUCCCGCCCUACUGAGAAGACCGUCUUCCUGCUGGUCAUGUACGUGGUCAGCUGCCUGUGCCUGCUGCUCAACCUCUGCGAGAUGGCCCACCUGGGCCUGGGCAGCGCGCAGGACGCCGUGCGCGGCCGCCGCGGCCCCCCGGCCCCCGCCCCCAACCCCGCGCCGCGGCCCCCACCCUGCGCCUUCCCGGCCGCGGCUGCCGGCUUGGCCUGCCCUCCCGACUACAGCCUAGUGGUGCGGGCGGCCGAGCGCGCUCGGGCGCACGACCAGAACCUGGCAAACCUGGCCCUGCAGGCGCUGCGCGACAGGCCGGCGACCGGGGACCGCGACCGGGAGACUUCGCCAUGCGCGGGCCUCCCUGCGGCCUCCCGGGCGCCCCCCAGGGCAGGCGCCCCCGCGUCUGGAACUGGCAGUGCCACCUCUGCGGGCACCGUCGGGGAGCAGGGCCGGCCGGGCGCCCACGAACGCCCAGGAGCCAAGCCCAGGGCAGGCUCCGAGAAGGGCAGCGCCAGCAGCAGGGACGGGAAGACCACCGUGUGGAUCUGAGGCGCUGGCCUGCGAGCUAGCGGUGGGGGGGGAGAAGGAGGGUCAUGGGGCUCCCGUGGAAAUCUGUGACCCCUUCAACUCAGCCUGCUCCUUAGCCGGUGGCCUCAGGCAGACCCUGCCCGGAGGGGCAGCCAGGCCACUCAGGGAAGGGGCUGAAAGCCGCGGAGGAGUGCCCUGGCUUGGUCACUGCUGGGGCCAAGGUGGGGUGGAGAGGGGGUCUACGAGACAGGAAGGGCCCUCUGCUGUGGUCUGAACCCGAGGGGGGCUGGGGCUGGGGCUGGGGCACUGACGACUCCACCCCUAUCCUCAGCUGGAAUGAGUCCUCUGGGAUGCCAGCUUCCCUUGGAGCUUCCCUGGAGCAACCAAGGAGGCGCCAGGGUGCCUGGCAUGGGCAUCAGUUGGUGUGCGUGGGGCUGCUUGUCCCCAUUCCCUGCAACAGCAAAUGGGGCUCCUUCUUCAGCCCUCCCCCUCCGAGCCCCAAACUGAGACCCACUGGGAGCUGGGAGCCUGGAGCGGACAGCGCCACACCCUUAGAUUCUGCGCUGCCGGCCCUCCCUUCCUCUGGGAGACUUGGAGCUCUGCAAAGAUGUUGACCAUGCCUUGUAGCUUGGACCCAAUGGUUGGUUGGAGCCUGGGGGUUUGGCCAUGCUGGGGGAAGGGGGCUCUUCCUGCCCAUGGCCUCUCUGCGCUCCUCCCUAAUUCAGACCCAGCCUCCGGAAGAAAGGGAGUAAAAUAAAACUACCUUUUGUUUAUAA